GGGAGGGUGGCAGGAGCGGAAAAUGGGAGCAGAGCACUUUAAGAGAGUCCUGGGAAGCUGUAACCUGAAGCCUGUCGAAGGCUGGGCUGGGGGAAGCAGCAAAAAGCAGAUGUGGCUGCACCAAACCCACAGUGUCCCCAACUCGCACCCGCUGGGAGCCUGGGACGGCAGCGGCCGAGAGGAGCCCGAGGUUCAGGCAUGCGGAUUCCAGUGGUUCUCCUUUUCCUGGGUCUCUUAACUGUCCCAAGCAGAUCCCAGAACUCGGCUACUGAGCAGAACUCUGCCACUGCUGAUGGAGCUAACGCCGGUGAGGUCGAAGAGGAAGAUCCAUUCUAUAAGACCCCUGUAAACAAGCUGGCAGCUGCAGUCUCCAACUUUGGCUAUGACCUGUACCGUCAGCAAUCUAGCCGGACAGCCACUGCCAAUGUGCUACUGUCUCCAUUCAGCCUGGCUACAGCACUGUCUGGUCUCUCGCUUGGGGCUGGAGAACGAACAGAAGAUGUGAUUUCUCGCGCUCUCUUCUAUGAUCUGCUUAACAAAGCUGAGGUCCACAACACUUACAAAGACCUACUGACCAGCGUGUCUGGACCAGAGAAGAGCAUGAAAAGUGCUUCCCGUAUCGUCUUGGAGAAAAGACUGAGGGUGAAGCCUGGUUUUCACAGCCAACUAGAGAAGUCCUACAAGAUGCGCCUGAGGGCCCUAAGUGGCAAUACCCAGUUAGACCUCCAAGAAAUCAACAACUGGGUACGACAGCAGACAAAGGGAAGGAUUAUGCGGUUUAUGAAGGACAUGCCCGCAGAUGUCAGUAUUCUCCUUGCUGGGGCUGCUUACUUCAAGGGGACAUGGAAAACCAAGUUUGACACCAAGAAGACUGCCUUGAAGGACUUCCAUCUGGAUGAGGACAGAACUGUGAAGGUGUCCAUGAUGUCAGACCCCAAAGCUAUACUGCGAUAUGGUUUUGACUCAGAACUCAACUGCAAGAUUGCCCAGCUGCCAUUGACAGAGGGAAUCAGUGCCAUGUUCUUCCUGCCUACGAAGGUGAUCCAGAAUAUGAGUCUGAUUGAGGAAAGCCUUACUUCUGAAUUUAUCCACGAUGUAGACAGGGAGCUGAAGACAGUCCAUGCUGUGCUAAGCUUGCCCAAACUAAAGCUGAACUAUGAAGAGGCACUUGGCAACACACUAAAGGAGACAAGGCUCCAAUCACUUUUCACAUCACCUGAUUUUACCAUGAUUUCUGCCAAACCUGUUAAGCUAUCUCACGUGCAACACAAGGCAAUCCUGGAGCUUAGUGAAGAUGGGGAAAGAUCCACACCAAAUCCUGGGGUGAAUGCUGCUCGUCUGACCUUCCCCAUAGAAUAUCAUGUGGACAGACCUUUCCUUCUUGUACUGCGAGAUGAUACCACUGGAACCCUCCUCUUCAUUGGCAAGGUCCUGGAUCCCAGGAGUGUUUAGAUUCCUUCACAAUAAUCUGCAAUGGUAGGGCCCAAAUGGAAAGGGUGGUAUUGGGAGGGAUACUGGCUCCCUGCUCUGCUGCACAAAGACACAACUUGCAAAUCUUAUGCCUUCAUGCUGCAAUAAAAGAGCUUUUGCUAUUAA